ACGGCGGGGCCAGGGCCGGGCGGGCAGAGCGGAGCACGGCACGGAACGGCACGGCCCCGGGCACGGCCCCGGGCCCGCAGCUGCCCAGCACCCAGCGGAGGUGGGACGGCAGCGGUAGCUCACGAUGGCCCUGGCAGACAACGCGGGCUGUGCCAAACCCAGCGAGGACUUCCCUUUCCCCGAGAUCAUUGAACUCAACGUGGGUGGACAAGUCUACAUCACCCGCCACCCCACCCUGGUCAGCGUGCCGGGCUCGCUGCUCUGGGAGAUGUUCACGCAGAAGAACGUCCGCUCCUUGGCCCGCGACAGCAAGGGACGGUUCUUUGUGGAUCGGGACGGAUUCCUCUUCCGCUACAUCCUGGAUUACAUGAGGGACCAGCAGCUGGUGCUGCCCGACCACUUCCCGGAGCGGAGCCGCCUGCAGCGGGAGGCCGAGUACUUCAUGCUGCCGGAGCUGGUGAAGAUGCUGGCCCCCAAGCUCAGCAAGCAGAACUCUCUGGGAGAUGACCCAUGCCAAAGCGACCCCGAGGAGCUCUCCCCCAGCGCUGAUGCCGCACGCAGCCUGGCCCCUGCCAGCUCCACGCUCCCCAGUGCUGCGGCCGGUGGCCCCGGGGCCACAGCCACCACUGGCACUGGUGCUGCUGGCCCUGAUGCCCGCAGGGCUGGGUUCAUCACCAUCGGGUACCGGGGCUCCUACACGCUGGGCAGGGACAGCCAGACGGAUGCCAAGUUCCGCCGGGUGGCGCGGAUCAUGGUCUGUGGCAAGACAGCGCUGGCCAAGGAGGUUUUUGGGGAUACCUUGAAUGAGAGCAGAGACCCGGACAGGCCCCCAGAGAGGUACACCUCCAGGUACUACCUCAAAUUCACCUUCCUGGAGCAAGCCUUUGACAAACUGGCUGAUGCUGGCUUCCACAUGGUGGCUUGCAACUCCACAGGCACCUGUGCCUUCGCCCACGACCAGACAGAUGACAGGAUCUGGACCUCUUACACCGAAUAUGUUUUCUAUCGUGAGUGACACCAAAAAUAAACACCCACCAAACACCAACUCUCCCUUUCCUCCCCCGUUGCCUUUAGAAGGUAGACGUCCGACCCCCGAGUCCCAGCGUCCCCCCUCUGCCUCCUUUUUGAGUUCAUUCUUGGUUUUUUCCCCGCUCCUUCCUCCACGUCGAACCCGUUCGGCUCCUCGUAGCAGCUGCUGACCACCAAAACCUCCUUCCCUCUCUCCGACUUCUGCAGUAGCUCCCAGCCCUCCCCGGAUGCGUGGACUUGGACAGUGCUGCGUACGCGUUUUUGGGGUGGGAAGGGGGGGGGACACGCCGAACUGUGCCGGAUGAGCUCCGUGAUAGAUGCCGACCUCGGCUCCCUGCACCAUGCAGCGCCCCAGGGAUGUGCUGCAGACCAACCAAGGAGCUCAAGUGUUGGUUUAAGGACAUGGAGAAAGGUGGGGAGUGGAGGGGGGGGGGUUGGGUUGGAGCCUCACAGCAUGGAUAUAUUGUCGUUAGCCCCUGUAAGCAGCUUAGCCUUUAGACUGUCAGUGCUGGGGAGGGUUAGAGGAAGGCGCACCCUGUGUCAGCAGUUCUGGUCGGAAGCGUCGCUGCUGCCCUGGGUUGCCUUGGGGACUCUUUUUGGGGGGUGGGUAGGGGCUGAGAGAUGCUCUGUUCAUGCCUACGUGGAGGGAGGUGGGCGGGCGGGUGGGGGGAAGGCUUUUUACUGUAGGGUGUCAAAUGCUUGCACAUCCCUCGAGCUCAUCGGAGGGCUGUCUUAAAAAAAAAAAAAACACCUUCGCCUCUCCUGCGGUGCAGGCUGCGGAGGGACGGGGUGGGAGCGCACCAGGGGGCACCUGCUGGGCUCAGCCACAGCCGUGGCUUCGUGGGCUGAAGGGAAUCUUUGCCCAGCGUUAAAAUCGUUGCCCCUUUGGACAACAUCUCUGAAGGCCUCUCCGCUUGCAGCUCUCCACGGCCUCCCUGGGCUGGCUGCUGCUUUGCCGUGCCUGGGCGAUGUGUAAUAAAGGAACAAAAC